AAGGAGGGGUGGGAACCCAGAGAGACAAAAGAUUCCCACCUUUAUGCCAAAGCUAUAAAAGGGGGUGGAACAGAACAAAGGAGGCUGCAGUCAUGAGAAAUCCCCUAGUUACCACCUGAGCUGGAACAAGGACUGUACCAGGGGAAAGGAUUGGGCCCAGACGAGGAAGGACUCCAGUCUGUGAAAGAAGCUUAUUGGAACAUCUCUGAGGAUUCCAAGCAUGUGUCUAUUUUGCAUCUGUCUUUCAAUCUAUCUCAUGUGGCAUCCAUUACUUGGCUUCCGUAUUCAUGGCUGUUACUCCUAAAUUUUUAUGCAGUGUCCCUGGAAAUGUGACUAGUAUACUGUUGAACAAUUCCUCUAGUUCAAGAAUAGAGGAUAUUUGGACACUGUGGACAUCAACAAAAAAUUACAUUGUGGUCCAGCUGGAAAAUGGAGAAAUUUGGGAACUUGAUCAGUGCAGCAGGUCCAAGCGGGAGGACAGUUUGUAUCUUGCAUAUGAAUAUAGUGGCAACAAGUCUGUUUCUUCUUGUUCUGAUGGCUAUAUCUAUGAUCACACAAAAUGGAAGAGCACCAUUGUUACAGAAUGGGAUUUGGUCUGUCACCGGGAAUGGCUUGCAAAAUUAACUCAGCCCACAUUCAUGUUUGGAGUCCUGUUUGGAGCAGUGAUUUUUGGUGGUAUGGCUGACAGAGUGGGAAGACGGUAUAUAAUGUGGUUCACAAGCACUGGUCAGUUUUUAUUUGGUGUGGCAGUGGCAUUCACAUUUGACUACUACAGCUUCGUGAUCAUACGUUUUCUCCUUGCUAUGGUUUCAAGUGGCUAUCUGGUUGUGGUUUUUGUUUAUGUAACAGAAUAUGUUGGCAUUAAAGCUCGAACAUGGGCAUCCAUGCAUGUCCAUGCUUUUUUUGCUGUGGGAGUCAUGGCUGUGGCACUGGUAGGAUUUUUGGUGAGGACCUGGUGGAUCUAUCAGAUAUUUCUUUCCAUAACAACUCUCCCCUUUGUCUUGUGCUGCUGGAUGCUCCCAGAGACACCUUUCUGGCUACUGUCAGAGGGAAGAUACGAAGAAGCACAAAAAGUAGUGGAUGUAAUGGUGAGAUGGAAUAAAGUAAGCACUCCUUGUAAAAUUUCUGAACUGUGUUCAGUCCAACAAGAUGAUCUAGUCAGUUGCAGAACGGGUGAUGAUGACAUUUCUACAGUGAAGAAGCACAACAUCUUAGAUCUGUUUUAUAAUUGGCACAUUGCAAGAAGGACCAUUACAGUCUGGAUGAUUUGGUUCACUGGGAGUUUAGGAUACUACGUAUUCUCCCUGAGUUCCGUCAAUCUAGGAGGCAAUGAAUAUUUAAAUCUAUUUCUCAUAGGUGCCGUGGAGCUUCCUGCGUAUGUCGUUGCUUGCAUUGGGAUGGACAAACUAGGAAGGAGAAACACAUUGACUCCAUUUCUUAUAUCAAGUGCAGUGAUCUGUGUUUUGAUUAUGCUGAUCCCUCAGGAUUUCAGCAUAUUAUCUGUCUUAGCAAAUAUGGCUGGAAAGUUUACAAUUGGUGUUGCAUUUGGCCUCAUUUACCUUUACACAGCAGAACUGUAUCCAACAGUUGUACGGUCACUUGCUGUAGGAAGUGGGAGCAUGAUGUGUCGUGUUGGGAGCAUAGUUGCUCCUUUUUGUGUUUACCUGACGAGUGUUUGGAUCUUCAUGCCACAGUUGCUUGUUGGAAUCAUGGCCUUUCUGAGUGGAAUGCUAACAUUAAUGCUCCCAGAAACUCUUGGAAAACCAUUGACUAAUACUUUGGCAGAAGCUGCAGAACUGGGAACAAACAAGAACAGCUGUUUGGGAAAAUCACCCCCCGCCCAGAGUGGUGUAGUGUUAGAAAAGAUAGAUGCUUAGCCAAAAGUCACACAGCACUGAAGAAUAAAGCAACAUCAAGAUUGCUGUCACCAGUUUUAAUCCUCAUUAAUUCUAUAAGACUAUUUUAUUAGAGCAACCUGAUCAUGGUUUUAAUGCACGCAUCUUUUAAUUUGUAUGCAAUCUUGCCUUUUCUAGAGGGAAAAUAUAAAAAUGUCUGGUAGAAAAUUUAAAAGGAUUUUAGAGCCACUCACAAACUUAAUCAUACUUUUAAAAAUCUGUUUCAUUUGCUUUGACUAGUUAGAGUGAUUAUUGUUCAUUUGGAAAAUACCAGGUUUUCCCAGAUUCACAUAUUUCCUUUCACUGCUGUAGAUUUUCUGCAGCUCUGCUUGUAAUCUCAUCAUGAAAUCCCCUGUCAAUAACUGCCAUAUUACAACUGACAGACACAGACUUUUGACUUAUUAACAUGGUAAGCUCAAGCACACAGUACUAAUUCAACAGAAAAGGUUCUUAAUUACUGUGAAAGGUUAAACAGAAAUAAAGAUUUCUGUUUUUCAAAUUUUCUUCUGGAGAGACUGCCAUUGCUAAAAAAUGAAAAUAUUCUAUGCAACAGCUUCUGACAAAAAAAAGCAUUCUCAAUUUGCAGAAUGUUCAAAUAGUAUGAAUACUAUUCAUUUUGUUUAAUGUCAAAUGUAUUUUUUGUUAUUGAUUUAGAGAAAAAACUGCUUUGGGACUCUGUUGAAGUAUCAGUAAAGUCUAUGUAUACAGAUAAAAUCUGGUAUUUUUGAAAACCUUAUUCAUUCCAGACUGUUACGUUAAAUGACCCUUUCCCAUUAGUUUCCGUUCAGACCUAUCAUCAGUUUCUUUAUAUCAUCCUAGGGUAAAACCAACCCCUGUGCAAAGCAACCACACAAGGCUUAUGUAUCUUUUUAGUGCUCAAAAUAGGAUUUAAGUAGAGCUUAAGUAGUGCAUAGGCCUGUGCAGUGCUGGGCGCUUAGGCUCAGAUCCUCAAAAGUAUUUAGGUGCCUGAUUCCAAUAGGAGUUAGGUGUCUAAAUACAUUUGAGGAGUUGGGCCUUAGUAAAUAAGUGAUGUAUAACUGCUAGCAUCAAAAUGUUAUUUUUUUUAUGGACCAUCCAUUUGUAGCUCCAUUUAUUCAACACUGUACAGAACCAAAUACUAAAAAAAAAUAUUUUUGAUGGAAGAAACUUAUCAACCGUUAGAAAUGGAUGCAACAGUCACUGAUUCCUGCAGAUGCCUGUGAAACAUCCAGAGCUGGUGCUAGCCCUAAGCAGAAAUAUUUUUGUUCCCACCCCCCCCCCCCCAAACACUAAAACAGGCAAGUUCUUAUGAUAAAAAGUGAAUGAGAGCCCCCCUUGAGCUGCUUGGGACCCUACGCAAUUGCUUAGUCUGCUUAUGCCUAGUGCCGGCUCUGAAAACAUCCCCCUGUUAUAUCACUCGUGCUGAUACACAUGAGUGAUGGAGACUGUAGAAAACACUAACAGGGAUAGAUUGAGGACAUCAUUUCACUCUAGCUGCUAUUUUUUAUAAUUUUCUAUCCCAGCCCUCCCUUUUUAGUCUACUGUAGAGCUAGCCAUUUCUUCCAUACCUGUGCAGCCUUCCGUAUUGUGCAUAAAGAUUCUACAUUCUAUGCAAGUAAUGGUUUGGACUCUGCUCUCAGUUACAUCUGUACAGCUCCUCUGACUUCAGUGAGUUCUGAAAGAAGAAUAUGAUUCAAUAUCUCUAUGCCUCUCUAACAGGAAACAAAGCAUCUCUCUUCAGUUACAGCACUGUCCUGGAGUUCAAAGUAUAGAAUCAUAGAAUAUCAGGGUUGGAAGAGACCUCAGGAGAUAUCUAGUCCAACCCCCUGCUCAAAGCAAGACCAACUCCAACUAAAUCAUCCCAGCCAGGGCUUUGUCAAGCUGGGCCUUAAAAACCUCUAAGGAUGGAGAUUCCACCACCUCCCUAGAUAACCCAUUCCAGUGCUUCACCACCCUCCUAGUGAAAUAGUGUUUCCUAGUAUCCAACAUAGACCUCCACCACUGCAAUUUCUGACCAUUGCUGCUUGUUCUGUCAUCUAUCACCACUAAGAACAGCUGAGCUCCAUCCUCUUUGGAACCCCCCUUGAGGUAGUUGAAGGCUGAUAUCAAACCCCCCUCCACUCUUCUGCAGGCUAAACAAGCCCAGUUCCCUCAGCCUCUCCUUGUAAGUCAUGUGCCCCAGCCCCCUGAUCAUUUCUGUUGCCCUCCUCUGGACUCUCUCCAAUUUGUCCACAUCCUUUCUGUAGUGUGGGGCCCAAACUUGGACGGAGUACUCCAGAUGUGGCCUCACCAGUGCUGAAUAGAGGGGAAUCAUCACUUCCCUCGAUCUGUUGGCAAUACUCCUACUAAUGCAGCCCAGUAUGCUAUUAGCCUUCCUGGCAAUGAGGGCACUCUGCUGACUCAUAUCCAGCUCCUCGUCCACUGUAACCCCUAGGUCCUUUUCUUCAGAACUGCUGCUUAGCCAGUCGGUCCCCAGCCUGUAGUGGUGCAUGGGAUUCUUCCAUCCUAAGUGCAGGACUCUGCACUUGUCUUUGUUGAACCUCAUCAGAUUUCUUUUGGCCCAAUCUGUCUAGGUCACACUGGACCCUAUUUCUACCCUCCAGCAUAUGUACCUCUCCCCCCAGCUUAGUGUCAUCUGUGAACUUGCUGAGGGUUCAAUCCAUCCCAUCAUCCAGAUCAUUAAUGAAGAUGUUGAACAAAACCAGCCCCAGGACUGACCCCUGGGGCACUCCGCUUCAUACUGGCUGCCAACUAGACACUAAGCUGUUGAUCACUACCCAUUGAGCCCAACAAUCUAGUCAGCUUUGUAUCCACCUUAUAGUCAAUUCAUCCAAUCCAUACUUUUUUAACUUGCUGGCAAGAAUACUGUGGGAGACCGUAUCAAAAGCUUUGCUAAACUCAAGAUAUAUCAUGUCCACUGCUUUCCCCAUAUCCACAGAGUCAGUUAUCUCAUCAUAGAAGGCAAUCAGGUUGGUCAAGCAUGACUUGUCCUUAAUGAAUCCAUAUUGACUGUUCCUGGUCACCUUCCUCUCCUCCAGUUCCUUCAAAAUGGUUUCCUUGAGGACCUGCUCCAUGAUUUUUCGAGGGACUGAGGUGAGGCUGACUGAACUGUAGUUCCCUGGGUUCUCCUUCUUCCCUUUUUUAAAGAUAGGCACUAUAUUUGACUUUUUCCAAUCAUAGAAUCAUAGAAUAUCAGGGUUGGAAGGGACCUCAGGAGGUCAUCUAGUCCAACCCCCUGCUCAAAGCAGGACCAAUCCCCAAUUAAAUCAUCCCAGCUAGGGUUUUGUCAAGCCUGACCUUAAAAACUUCUAAGGAAGGAGAUUCCACCGCCUCCCUAGGUAACAAUUUCCAGUGUUUCACCACCCUCCUAGUGAAAAAGUUUUUCCUAAUAUCCAACCUAAAUCUCCCCCACUGCAACUUGAGACCAUUACUCCUUGUUCUGUCAUCUGCUACCACUGACAACAGUCUAGAGCCAUCCUCUUUGGAACCCCCUUUCAGGUAGUUGAAAGCAGCUAUCAAAUCCCCCCUCAUUCUUCUCUUCCGUAGACUAAACAAUCCCAGUUUCCUCAUUCUCUCCUCAUAAGUCAUGAGUUCCAGUCCCCUAAUCAUUUUUGUUGCCCUCUGCUGGACGCUUUCCAAUUUUUCCACAUCCUUCUUGUAGUGUGGGGCCCAAAACUGGACACACUACUCCAGAUGAGGCCUCACCAGUGUCGAAUAGAGGGGAACGAUCACGUCCCUCAGUCUGCUGGCAAUGCCCCUACUUAUGCAUCCCGAAAUGCCAUUGGCCUUCUUGGCAACAAGGGCACACUGUUGACUCAUAUCCAGCUUCUCAUCCACUGUAACCCCUAGGUCCUUUUCUUCAGAACUGCUGCUGAGCCAUUCGGUCCCUAGUCUGUAGCGGUACAUUGGAUUCUUCCGUCCUAAGUGCAGGACUCUGCACUUGUCCUUGUUGAACCUCAUCAGAUUUCUUUUGGCCCAAUCCUCCAAUUUGUCUAGGUCCCUGUGUAUCCUAUCCCUACCCUUCAGUGUAUCUACCUCUCCUCUCAGUUUAGUGUUAUCUGCAAACUUGCUGAGGGUGCAAUCCACACCAUCCUCCAGAUCAUUUAUGAAGAUAUUGAACAAAACCGGCCCCAGGACCGACCCUUGGGGCACUCCACUUGAUACCGGCUGCCAACUAGACAUGGAGCCAUUGAUCACUACCCGUUGAGCCCGACAAUCUAGCCAGCUUUCUAUCCACCUUAUAGUCCAUUCAUCCAGCCCAUACUUCUUUAACUUGCUGGCAAGAAUACUGUGGGAGACGGUGUAAAAAGCUUUGCUAAAGUCAAGGAACAACACGUCCACUGCUUUCCCUUCAUCCACAGAACCAGUUAUCUCCUCAUAGAAAGCAAUUAGAUUAGUCAGGCAUGACUUGCCCUUGGUGAAUCCAUGCUGACUGUUCCUGAUCACUUUCCUCUCCUCUAAGUGCUUCAGAAUUGAUUCCUUGAGGACUUGUUCCAUGAUUUUUCCAGGGACUGAGGUGAGGCUGACUGCCUGUAGUUCCCAGGAUCCUCCUUCUUCCCUUUUUUAAAGAUGGGCACUACUUUAGCCUUUUUCCAGUCGUCCGGGACUUCCCCCGAUCGCCAUGAGUUUUCAAAGAUAAUGGCCAAUGGCUCUGCAAUCACAUCCACCAACUUCUUUAGCACUCUCGGAUGCAACGCAUCCGGCCCCAUGGACUUGUGCAUGUCCAGCUUUUCUAAAUAGUCCCGAACCACUUCUUUCUCCACAGAGGGCUGGUCACCUCCUCCCCAUGCUGUGCUGCCCAGUGCAGUAGUCUGGGAGAUGACCUUGUUCGUGAAGACAGAGGCAAAAAAAGCAUUGAGUACAUUAGCUUUUUCCACAUCCUCUGUCACUAGGUUGCCUCCCUCAUUCAGUAAGGGGCCCACACUUUCCUUGACUUUCUUCUUGUUACUAACAUACCUGAAGAAACCCUUCUUGUUACUCUUAACAUCUCUUGCUAGCUGCAACUCCAAGUGUGAUUUGGCCUUCCUGAUUUCACUCCUGCAUGCCCGAGCAAUAUUCUUAUACUCAUCCCUAGUCAUUUGUCCAAUCUUCCACUUCUUGUAAGCGUCUUUUUUGUUUUUAAGAUCAGCAAGGAUUUCACUGUUCAGCCAAGCUGGUCGCCUGCCAUAUUUACUAUUCUUUCUACACAUCGGGAUGGUUUGUCCCUGUAACCUCAAUAAGGCUUCUUUAAAAUACAGCCAGCUCUCCUGGACUCCUUUCCCCCUCAUGUUAUUCUCCCAGGGGAUCUUGCCCAUCUGUUCCCUGAGGGAGUCAAAGUCUGCUUUUUCUGAAGUCCAGGGUCCGUAUUCUGCUGCUUUCCUUUCUUCCUUGUGUCAGGAUCCUGAACUCGACCAUCUCAUGGUCACUGCCUCCCAGGUUCCCAUCCACUUUUGCUCCCCUACUAAUUCUUCCCGGUUUGUGAGCAGCAGGUCAAGAAGAGCUCUGCCCCUAAUUGGUUCCUCCAGCACUUGCACCAGGAAAUGGUCCUCUACAUUUUCCAAAAACUUCCUGGAUUGUCUGUGCACCGCUGUAUUGCUCUCCUAGCAGAUAUCAGGGUGAUUGAAGUCUCCCAUUAUCAUCUGGGACCUCCCCCAAUCGCCACGAGUUUUCAAAGAUGGUGGCCAAUGGCUCUGUAAUUACAUCAGCCAAUUCCCUCAGCACCCUCAGAUGCAUGUGUGACAGGUUCGGUCACAGAGACCACCUUGGGACUGUCACCUAACGUGCUGAAGUUAACUCUGAGCCUAGUUAACUCUGCCAGCUUGAGAUUCUAGAACCCUGCCUUGUUGAGCCAGACACGCUAGUCUGCUGCAGCACAGACCCAGGUCUGGUCCACACCCUUAAAGCUGCAGACUUUAACCAAAAACUGCUCAGCGGGUCACCUAUCUCCAGCACCCAGACACCCAGCUCCCAAUGGGAUCCAAACCCCCAAUAAAUCCGUUCUACUCUGUAUAAAGCUUAUACAGGGUAAACUCUCUAUAACACUGAUAGAGAGAUAUGCACAUCUGUUUGCUCCCCCAGGUAUUAAUCACUUACUCUGGGUUUGUCAAUAAACAAAAGUGAUUUUAUUAAGUAUAAAAAGUAGGAUUUAAGUGGUUCCAAGUAAUAACAGUCAGAACAAAGUAAGUUACCAAGCAAAAUAAAACAAAACACGCAAGUCUAAGCCUAAUACAUUAAGAAACUGAUUACAAGUAAAAAUCUCACCCUCAGAGAUGUUUCAGUAAGCUUCUUUCACAGAAUAGACUCCUUUCUAGUCUGGGCCCAAUCCUCUCCACUUGUUAGUUCCAGCAGGCAUCUUAGGUGAAAAGCAGGGGGUUUCUCAUGACUUGGACCCCCCCUUAUUCUGCUCCACAUCUUUUAUAGCUUUGCCACAAGGUGGGAAUCCUUUCUCUCCCUGAGUCCCCACCUCUCCUUCUAAAUAGAAAAGUACCAGAUUUAGGAUGGAUUCCGGUAUCAUGUGACAUGGUCACAUGUCCUGAGAGACCCCCAGCCUCCAUUCUUCCUGGGCUGGCCUACACAUACACAGGAAGGUUUGCAAGUAAACAGAGCCAUUUACAGCUGAUUGUCCUAGUCAAUGGGAACUAUCAAGAUUCUAAAGCAUUAAUGGCCCACACUUCGCAUAAUUACAAUAGGACCAGUGGUGAGCUGGAGCCGGUUUGAACUGGUUCGCUGGAACCAGUUGUUAAAUUUAGAAGCACUUUUAGAAUCGGUUGUCCCAUGAGGGACAACCUGUUCUAAAAGGGCUUCUAAAUUUAACAACCGGCCAAAAGUGGCGCCUUAGGCGCCGACUCCAUGGGCGCUCCGGAGCUGGAGCACCCAGGGGAAAAUUUGGUGGGUGCAGAGCACCCACUGGCAGCUCCUCUCCCCUCCCCAGCCCCAGCUCACCUCCGCUCCACCUCCACCCCUGGUUACACUCCGCCCCGCUCUGCUUCUCUGCCCCGCCCCAGCUUCCCGUGAAUCAGCUGUUUGCACGGGAAGCCUGGGCGGGCUGAAAAGCAAGCAGCGUCUUCAUGCUCAGGCCCAAGGAGGCGGAGCGGAGGUGAGCUGGGGCGGGGGAGCAUGAGGAGGGCCUCCCACGCCGCAGCAGGUAACCCGGGGCGGGGGGCAGGGGAACCACUCCCCGCCCCAGCUCACCUCUGCCUCCCUGGGCCUGAGCAUGAAGCCACCGCCUGCUUCUUAGCCCUCCCAGGCUUCCCGCGCAAACAGCUGAUCCACUGGAAGCCGGCCGGGGGGGGGGGGCGGGGCGGUGAAGAAACAGAGCGGGACGGCGCAUUCAGGGGAGGCAACAGAGGCAAGUUGGGGCCGGGCUUGGGGCGGGGCACCCACCAAAUUUUCCCUGUGGGUGCUCCAGCCCCGGAGCACCCACGGAGUCGGCGCCUAAGGCGCCACUUUUGAUGUGAUCAGUGGGGGGAGCAGGCGCUCCCCCUCAGCUAUGCUACCCUGCCCUUAGUAGCCAGAGGGACAUGCUGGAUGCUUCCCUGGAGCCACCCCAGGUAAGCACCGCCGGGACUCUCCACCUCGCCCCCGGCAGGUCCCUCUGGCUCUUAGGGGCGGGGCGGGGUGGACACCCACUACAGUGGCUCACAAGACCCUCCUGCCCGGUUCUAGGGGCAGUCAGGGGAGUGGGGUGGAUGGGGCAGGGAUCCGGGGGGGCAGGGGCGUCAAAGAACACGGGGUUUGGAUGGGGCAGGAGUCCCGGGGAGCGGGGGUGGGCCACGACCCCCUCGUGUGGUGAGGAGGGAACAGGUUGUUAAGAUUUUGGCAGCUCAUCACUGAAUAGGACCUCAGAAUUAUACUUCAUAAUCCUAGUUUCAGAUACAAGAAUGAUACAUUCAGUAGAUUAUAAGAUUUGUAAUUAUACCUUACAAGAGACCUUUUGCAUAAAGCAUAUUUCAGUUACAUCAUAUUCACACUCAUAAGCAUAUUUCCAUAAAACAUUAUGGAGUGCAAUGUCACACCAUGGACUUGUGCAUGUCCAGCUUUUCUAAAUGGUUCUUAACCUAUUCUUUCACCACUGAGGGCUGCUCACCUCCUCCCUAUACUGUGUUGCCCAGGACAGCAGUGUGGAACCUGACCUUGUCUGCGAAGACCAAGGCAAAAAAAGCAUUGAGUACUUUAGCUUUUUCCACAUCAUCUGUCACUAGGUUUCAGAGUAACAGCCGUGUUAGUCUGUAUUCGCAAAAAGAAAAGGAGUACUUGUGGCACCUUAGAGACUAACCAAUUUAUUUGAGCAUAAGCUUUCGUGAGCUACAGCUCAGCUCACGAAAGCUUAUGCUCAAAUAAAUUGGUUAGUCUCUAAGGUGCCACAAGUACUCCUUUUCUUCUUGUCACUAGGUUGCCUCCCCCAUUCAUUAAGGGUCCCACAGUUUCCCUGAACUUUUUCUUGUUGCUAACAUACCUGUAGAAACCUUUCUUGUUACCCUUCAUAUCCCUUGCUAGCUGCAACUCCAGUUGAGUUUUGGCCUUCCUGAUUACACCCCUGCAUGCUCGAGCAAUAUCUUUAUGCUCCUCCCUACUCAUCUGUCCAAGUUUCCACUUCUUGUAAGCUUCCUUUUUGUGUUUAAGCUCACUGAAGAUUUCACUGUUAAGCCAAACUGGUUGCCUGCUCAACCAUCUCAUGGUCACUGCUGCCCAGGUUGCUUCGCACUUCUACUUCCCCUACCAAUUCUUCCCUGUUUGUAAGCAGCAGGUCAAGAGGAGAACGGCCUCUGGUUGGUUCCUCCAGUAGUUGUACCAGGAACUUAUCCCCAACAUUCUUCAAAAAUUUCCUGGAUUGUCUGUGCACUGCUGUAUUGCUCUCCCAGGAGAUGUCAGAGUGAUUGAAGUCCCACAUUAGAACUAGGGCCUGUGUUCUGGAAACUUCUGUUAGUUGUCCGAAGAAAGCCUUGUCUACCGCCUCCUCCUGGUCUGGUGGUCUAUAGAAGAUGCCCACCACGACAUCACCCUUGUUGCUCUCGCCUCUAAACUUAACCCAAAGACUCUCAAAAGAGUUUUCUGUAGUUUCAUCCUGGAGCUCUGAACAAUCAUACUGCUCUCUUACAUACAGUGAAACUGCUCCAUCUUUCCUCCCCUGCCUGUCCUUCCUGAAUAGUUUAUACCCAUCCAUGACAGUGCUCCAGACAUGUGAACUACCCCACCAAGUCUGUUAUUCAGGUCACAUCAUAGUUACUUGACUGUGCCAAGACUUCCAAUUCUUCUUGCUUGUUUCCCAGGCUUCUUGCGUUCGUGUACAUGCACCUAAGAUAACUAGCUGAUUGCCCUCCUUUCUCAGUAUGAAUCAGGAGGCUCCCCUUGUUGCACCCUCCUCCUUGUGUUUCCUCCCAAUAUCCCUUCUGCACUUACCUCUGGGCUUAGAUCACCAUCCCCCGUAGUACCAUAGUAUUCUGGGUUCAAACUUAGGAACAAAUCAUGUCCUGUGUGAGGAAAAAACAUGCCUAGAAGCCUGGAAAAAUCAGCAAGUCAAAAUUUAGGGAGUUUCUAUGGGAUAAUCAUGUAUGAAGUAGAAAGGGGACUUAGUGCUCUUCCCAUCACAUAGAUGUCCUGAUAUAUACAGGGAAAUCCCACAGAAUUCAAGAUAUGCAACUAGGAGUGGGGCUUUUGUUUGGAGACCUAGGCACUAACUCAACUCUUACACAUUUUUACCACGUGAGUAAUCCCAUCUCUACUCAGCAAAGCACGCACUUACCUGCUUUCCUGAACAGGAAUGGCAUUAUUCACAUGCUUGGGGCAAUGUGUUUUGCUGAAUUGAGGCUCCAGUGCUUUUGCACUGCUCCCUGGCCAUACAGCUUCCUCAGUAGCUGUACUUACCAGCAGCUCUUUCCUCUUUACAGGGUGUUUUAUAGUGCAGGAGGGAAACAGCAUAAUAUAAUUGUAACAGGGAAAUAAACUGAUAUUUUCUGAUAUUACAGCUGCCAGUGCCACUGUUAAUUAAAAGUUUCAGGUUGUUACACAUUGCCAAAUGCUGUCUUGGAAUACAUGAUCCACUGUAUAAUGAUAUCUUGAGGACUAAGAGUACUAAAGCUACUCCUUAAUCCUGACCGUAUAUGGAGCAUUACAAUGUACUUCUAACAAGCUAUUAGAAUAAAACUAAAGUUAAUUCCAGGACAAAGGUGACUACAUGAAAAAUCAAUUUAGGUCUGCUCCAAUCAAAGUCAGUGCAUGGCAUAAAUUCUGUUGACUUGGGUGAUUCAGGACCAGACCCUUGUUCAAAAUGUGUAAAAUAAAGAAGGAAAUUCAAUGCAGUACUUAAAUACCCAAACAUGUUUACACAUUUCCAUUGCUGUUAACUGGAAAUCUGGGUAAAUCAUUAGGGGCUACAAUUUUAAUGCUACUUGCAACAGAAAAUGCAGCCUGGUGUCAAAGUACUGGUAUCAAGAUGGGAAAGUCAGAACUUCAAUAAGGAGCACAGACAACAGAAUGAUCAUUCUAGAUCUAUUUUUAGCUAAGAAAUUUAAGCAUUUUGUGGAUGUAAAUACACCAAAACAACUUCAGAAAAAGGCAGGGACUCAAUCAUCCUAGGAGAUGAGCAUGAGCAACUUCCAUUGAUUUCAAUGGGAAUUGUGCAUGGACAUCUCCCAUGGAUGAUGGGACCUCAGAACUUGUCUUAAAAGAGCUGUAGGAAUCUCCUGUUGUUCCCUGUGUCUUUGGCUGCAACUCUCAUCUUCCUAUCUUGACAGACUGACAGUGUGGUUGCUUCCUGCUUCACUGUUUCAUAUUUAUAUUAUGUACAAGGUCCAAUACACUUUAACAAAGUAAUCAACAGGGGGUUUAAUGCUCUUAAUGCUCAUGAAAAAAAUCCCAUUAACCGUGUCUCUUAUUUUCUCCUUAACCUUGAUAGUGGGUCAAUUAUAUCUUACUAAUUAAUGGUUCUGAUUGUUCCUGAUGAUUUAUAAGCUAUCUCCUUUUAAUUGUGGUUCAUCAUAAUUGCCAGUCAUUUUGGCUAUAAAAUGUUUAUAUCCUAAAAUUGAUAUCACAUUGUAUCAUACAACAGUGAGGGUUAUCAGACUAAUACUUCCUGGGUGAAUGAUUAACAUUUGUUGAAUUCUAACUGAAGAACAAUAAUAAGGUGAUAUGCUUGAUAUUUUAAAUCAAAUGCAUUUUUUAAACUAAGCUUUAAGAUGCAUUUUCUAAUUUAAUGUCUGACUUUAAUGUCUUUUUAUACAUUUUGGUAGUUUAAAUCAACUAUGGGAAAAGUAGCCAUGCAAGCUAUGUAUGCUAUGGGCCAAGUCCAGUGGGCUGUGCACUGAACAUGUCAAUAGCAGAUGGAAUCUCCCCCCUAAACAUUGUUGUGUAGCUGGUUCACAGAGCCUGAAGAAGGCCCAUAUUCCCAGCUCUGGGGCGGGUGGGACCAAAGAAUUCUUUGGCCUUGCCCUGCUGCUCCCUCAGCUUAUGCCAACCCAUCCCGUGUAUUCUGCCAUGCAGGGACCCUCUGCAGGGUUUGGCUCUGCACUGUCUUGGGACUAUUCACCCAUUUUUAUGGCCUUCCAAAAUCCAGCCUCACCUUGUACAGCAGAUUUAUGCUGCUGGAGGCCUCUGUGGAUACUGGAUUUGUCCUAUAUAUGUGUGUCAAAGGUACUUCUAAGAUACUUGCCUAGAUCUCAUAACAAGUAUAAAGGAUAGAAAAGAUUAAAAGACUAGUUAUGAAUUUAAACAAUAACAAGGUUAUCUGUGAUAUCAAAAGAAAUUCCUGUUGUAUGCAAUAAAACAACACCCAUAUUGUUGAAUCACUCAUAAAAAAAGGUUAAGGGAAAUCCAUAUAUGGUAGUUAUUCUUGCAGUUGGUUUGUGAUACCAGAUUCUAUACACCAGGCAAUUUAUCCAUUUUGAUAAUAGAUGCGGGGCAUAUAUACUGUUCUAACUGACCUGUGUUAAAUGCAGCAUACAUGAUUUUAAUACAAUAUGCAUUAUUCGGUCAAUGGAAUUUUGUUUUUCCAUGUAUGUAUUUAUUAUCUCAAAGUAUGUAGAACAAUAAAGUGGAAUAUGCAUUUAAUCUUUAUCACCAUG